AUGAAGACAACAGCUAAAGGAACGACAGUAGUGGGAGUGUCAGUCGACGACCUGCUUGUAAUCGUGACAAGCGACGAGCUGCUUGACGCCAUUGGCGCGGCGAUGCAGAUCCUGGAGCUUAAGUGCCUCAGGAGCGUCAAGAACUCGCUGGGCAUGCGAAUCGGGUACGGCGACUUGCACGGGUACACCGUUGACCGAGAGAAAAUGAUCACCAAACUGCUUCACAAGAACCGUCUGGAGAAGGCGAACGCAGUGCGCUCACCAGUAAGUGACGAAGCGUCGAUCGAUUCAGAGAGCACCGACGCGCAGCCGCGUCCCGCGCUAAGAGACGGCACUGCAGAAUAA